AUGGAGAAAAUGGCCAGGGUCACCACUGCCCUGGGGGGCAAUGCCCUCACAGGACGGACCAUGUUCUGCCACCUGGAUGCCCCCGCCAAUGCCAUCAGCGUGUGCCGCGAUGCUGCCCAGGUGGUGGUGGCUGGUCGCAACAUCUUCAAGAUCUACUCCAUCGAGGAGGACCAGUUUGUGGAGAAGCUGAACCUCCGUGUCGGCCGCAAACCCUCCUUGAACUUCAGCUGCGCGGAUGUGGUGUGGCACCAGAUGGAUGAGAACCUGCUGGCCACCGCUGCCACCAAUGGCGUGGUCGUCACCUGGAACCUGGGCAAGCCAUCCCGCAACAAGCAGGACCAGCUCUUCACUGAGCACAAGCGCACUGUCAACAAGGUCUGCUUCCACCCCACUGAAGUCUACAUGCUCCUCAGCGGCUCCCAGGAUGGCUACAUGAAAUGCUUCGACCUGCGCAAGAAGGACUCAGUCAGCACCUUCUCUGGCCAGUCGGAGAGCGUGCGUGAUGUCCAGUUCAGCAUCCGAGACUACUUCACCUUUGCCGCCACCUUUGAGAAUGGGAAUGUGCAGCUGUGGGACAUCCGCCGGCCAGACCGCUACGAGAGGAUGUUCACGGCCCACAACGGGCCCGUCUUCUGCUGCGACUGGCACCCAGAGGACAGGGGCUGGCUGGCAACAGGUGGCCGGGAUAAGAUGGUGAAGGUGUGGGACAUGAACACCACGCGGGCGAAGGAGAUCUACUGCGUGCAGACCAUCGCCUCGGUGGCCCGGGUGAAGUGGCGCCCAGAAUGCAAACACCACAUCGCCACCUGUUCCAUGAUGGUGGACCAUAACAUCUACGUUUGGGAUGUGCGGCGUCCCUUCAUCCCCUCUGCCAUGUUUGAGGAGCACAAGGACGUCACCACGGGCAUUGUGUGGCGUCACCUCCACGACCCCUAUUUCCUCCUGUCGGGUUCUAAGGACAGCACCCUCUACCAGCAUAUCUUCAAGGACGCCAGUCAGCCCAUCGACCGGGCCAACCCUGAGGGGCUGUGCUACAGCCUCUAUGGAGACCUGGCCUUCGCCGCCAAGGAGAGCCUCGUCUCCUCUGACUCCAACCGCAAGCCCUACAUCGGGGACCGGCGUCACCCCAUCUUCUUCAAGCGCAAGCUGGACCCCACGGAGCAGUUUGAGUACAUCUCCUCCUCCAGCACCCUCAGCGUCUUCGAGACGGAUGUGGAGAGCGGCAGCAUGGACUGGUUCGUGCACAUUGCCAAGCAGUACACGCUGGUUGGCAGGCCCCUGGCUGAACUGUGCGACCACAAUGCCAAGGUGGCCAAGGGCUUGGACCGCAACCAGGUGGCUCAAACUUGGACCAUGCUGCGAAUUAUCUAUUCCAGCCUUGGCACCGUGGCAUCCACCAACCUCAACCACAGCAUGGGAAAAGGCAGCACUGCCCUCCCGCUUAUGAACAGCUUUAACCUGAAGGACAUCCCCUCUGGGCUGGGCAGCGAGUCAAGACUGGACCGCAGCAAAGGAGAAAGCCGCACGGAAAACAUCCUCAUGGAUUCCUCCUCCACCCUGAUCAACAAUGAAGACAACGAGGAAACGGAGGGCAGUGAUGUCCCUGCGGACUAUCUGCUGGGAGAUGUGGAAGCAGAUGAGGACGAUCUGUAUAUGAUGGACCAUGAGAACCCGCACGCUGAGGAACAGGAAUAUAGCCUGCCCCAAGAAGCCUUUCCCCUACGCCAUGAAAUCGUGGACAACCCGUCAGCUUUGGACCACCUGCAAGACAAGGCUGACUCUCCUCACGUCAGCGGCAACGAGGCUGAGACGGUGUCGCUGACACCCGUGGAGUCCUUCUCCCUCAUCUCCAUCUCCCACUCGCUCUAUGAGAACCGUCUGCCCUCCGACUUCUUCAAUCCCAUCGUGCGGGACACACUCCUAUUCUACGCCGAGCAGGGAGAUGUGCAGACGGCCGUGUCCGUCCUCAUCGUCCUGGGGGACCGCAUCCGCAAGGAAAUUGAUGAGCAGACCCAGGAGCACUGGUACACAUCCUACAUCGACCUGCUGCAGCGCUUCCAGCUCUGGAACAUCUCCAAUGAGGUGAUAAAGCUGAGCACGUGCCGUGCCAUCAACUGCCUCAACCAGGCCUCCACCACCCUGCACGUCAACUGCAGCAACUGCAAGCGGCCCAUGAGCAACAGGGGCUGGAUCUGUGACAGGUGUCGGCAGUGUGCCAGCAUGUGUGCCGUCUGUCACCACGUGGUGAAGGGGCUCUUCGUCUGGUGCCAAGGCUGCAGCCACGGUGGCCACCUCCAGCACAUCAUGAAGUGGCUGGAGACCAACUCCCACUGCCCUGCUGGCUGCGGCCACCUCUGCGAGUACACCUGA